AUGCACGAUUUGGAUCAUCAGCUUCGAGAACUUCAGCUCAUUCGCUGCUCCCUGAUGCCCGGAGAAGUCUUCUCAUUCGUCCUUCCGUCAGAAGAUGUGAUCAUUUGGUCUUCACUGCUGGACGCCCUCGACAACGGUGUAGACGAUGAGACUGGACUACCUACUGCGGACACACCCCCGUGUUCUGCAAGGAUCUCGAUACGGGUUCCCGGUUCGCCUGUUUGGUUUGAGGUCCGGGUUCCGGAAGGACCUAUACUACGAUGUUCGGACGUAUGCGUAAGGGGAGAAAACAUUUCUCGUGAUCAGCAGGAACAUUGGCAAUCUGUGAUCUCGCAGAGCAUAGCAGAAGUGCAGGACAGUGAAUUCCCGGUUUACGAGCUACUUUCUCUACACUUACUCCCCAAACUUCACGAGCACAACCAAAAUUUGGUUUUGCCAACGUCCACAGGCCCGCCCUCCGAGAUUCAUUCCCAUCAACCGAAAGUUUUUCAUGCAUUACUUACUUCACAUCAUCUCGUUUCCGUGACAAAACGCAAGCUUAUGAAAGCGUGGUCGUCGGAACUCCACAUCGCCGGAUUUGCGAGGAUCGGAUACCCGGGAUUGAUCUACGCCGAAGGAGGGAAGGAGAACGUUGAAGAGUUCGUAAGGAACGUGAAAGGAAUGAAUUGGCUAGCACUCAGGGUUAGAUUCAUUGAGCAAGUGGAGCCGGAAUCAGGGCAGGCCGCUAGCGUGGGGGAUGGAUGGGUGGAGGUGCAGAGAAUUUCAGAGGUAUUGGAACUUAUGCGAAAGAGGGGGCGGGAAUCAUACAUCACCCAGCACGGCAUUGGCAACAGUUCAAAGUAA